AUGGCUGUACUUCGUUUAGUUCUACUAACACCGGACAGGAUGUCUUGGGCUCGGUGCCGACAGUGUUUUGGAGUUCACAGGUCGUGAUCUACGGCCAGCGCUGGUCACUACUGUCCGUUUAAUGGUCCUAGAGUUGUCAUGAGGAAAAUAAAUAUAUAACUCUAGUCAUUUCAUGUUAUUACCUGUAAUUUCUGGGAUAGACAUUAUUUGAUUACAGAUUUUACGAAAUGCCCGAAUGAAAUGAUGAAGACGACAUUGCGAUUUUUAUGCAGGUGGGGAUAUCGUGUCAGUUGGAUUGUUAUUACCCUGUCCGUGUGUGUGUAUAUCCACACUCUUUGGCAGUACCUGGGAAACUAUCGUAUAGAAGAUUCGGUCUCAAAGAUUGGGAUUCUGGAGCGAAAUGCAGUGCAGUGGGAGAAUACGAAGCCAAACAAAGCUUGGCUAAUGAUUGGUAUUCCUACAGUUUGCCGUAGGAACAAGAAUUACCUGAAUUCUACCGUGACGUCCCUUAUCAAUAACAUGCAGGGAGUGACAGGGGUCACCAUUGUCGUAUGCAUAUGUGAUACACGCAAGGCGUGUAGGGAAAACAUUAAAACUAACUUAACCAGAAUGUUUCUCCCACACAUACAAAGUGGACAAAUAACGAUUAUAGAAACACCGGAAGAUUUGUAUGCCCAGCUGACUCAUCUGAAACGGACCUUCAAUGAUUCAGAGACCAGAGUUCGAUGGCGAUCUAAACAGAAUUUGGAUUACUCUUUUUUAAUGCAAUAUUGUGCCAAUAGGUCGCAGUAUUACUUACAAUUAGAGGAUGACGUCAUCACAGUUCCCAAAUUUGUGGACAAAAUAAAAGAAUAUAUGCAUAAAUCUAAAUAUUGGACGAUGCUGGAAUUUUCAAGUCAGGGAUUCAUUGGAAAAUUCUUUAAAUCAAAUAAUUUAGAAAAACUGGCAGGUUUACUCAGAACAUUUUAUAACGAACAGCCUUGUGAUUAUUUAAUUUUCUACUUUUUAAAACUCAUGUUACAAGAAAAAAGAUUCCUUAGAAUACCAUCACUUUUUCAGCAUAGAGGAUAUUUUUCAUCUAUGCCAGAUUUAGUAAGAAAUGUCACCGAAUCCUAUUCGCACUUUCCGUCAUUCAAGAAACGUUUCCAUGGAGAUAACCCGGAAGCAGAUAUUUUUACAUCCCUCUCUCCAUGGAUGUCAUUCAAACCCGCAUUUGCGUAUUCCACAAAUGACAAUGAAAUGUUUUGGUCAACUACUCCACGAGUUGGAGACCACUAUACAGUAGUUUUCAAAUCACCGCAUAAAAUCGCACGUGUAGUUGUGCUCACUGGAAAAACAAUAAGAAGGGCUGAUUAUCUUCAUGAUGGAACUCUAGAAGUUGGCACAUCUGUGAAAAAAAUAUCUAAGAAAAAAAUUUCUUGUUCAAAUCUCAGCGUAGUGGGAUUUUUUGUUCAAGGCAAUAUUGACGUUAAUUUGUUAAAUUCAACGCAACCAUUUAAAUGUUUGAAAAUAACAAUCACAAAAGAUCAAAUAACCUGGCUUAUAAUUAGAGAAAUUGCUGUAUAUACAAAUACUAAUAAGAAGAAAAACACUAAGAUUUCAAGACGUUCAAUAUAAUACUUUAGAUCAUUAUUAUUUAUUGCAAAUUUUUGCUUUUGAAGGCUCUUAAAUAACAAGACACAAAGAAUUGAAUAUACAUGUUACUAUGUAUCAUAUAUGAAUAAAUGUUGUGUUAAUGAAACAAUGCUAUUGACCGGGGAGCUGAUCCCUGACCUUCUAAUUAAUUCUUUAUUAUGGAACGUCAUUGGUCCUGGAGCUUUUUAAAAUAUUGCAAUUAUUUAUCUUAGACAUAUCUUCCUCAAAA